ACCAACACAGAACACAAACUACAAGCUGCCUUGCAGGAAUCAGAGCGACGUGAGGAAGAAUCCAAGCGACAAAUGAUCGGCUUACAGGCAGCAUCAGUCCUACAGAUCAGAUACUGUGACAAAAUGCGUGGUCAGCUUGCAGCACAAGAAGACAAAGCAGGGAGGAAGAAGAGUACAAGGCUCGUUGGUGACGGCUUACCUUGUAUGCUCACUGGCGAUGUCUUCGUGGCACAGGUUAUUACACAUGAGAAUGCCAUGGAGGCAGAAGCCAGGGAAAAAGAGCUGAGGGCAAAGAGAAGGGCAGAACGUUCUGAAGAGCUCGCACAUUGGAAAAGGGAGGAGAUAGAGCGGAAAGAGUGGAACAAAGCAACAAGAGCGGUUUAUGAGACACAGAAGGCUGAGUGGGAAGGAGAACGAGAUUUAGCAAAGUUGGAGAAACGAAGGUCACAGUAG